AGAAAAAUAGAAAAUAUAUUGACAUAAAUAGGAAACCGAAACAAGACCUCCUUACAUGUAACGAAUUCCUGUGACUUUUCAUUGAAACACCAGAUAGAUGUGUUGUUCAGAAGCCUGUUCGUAUAAUAAUGAACGCUCAGCUGACCAUGGACAAUAUUGGCGAUCUGCAUGGGGUGAGCCAUGAGUCUGUUCAAGCUGACCUGAUGAACAGUAGCCCACAUCACAGGGGCCCGUUGACACAUCGAAACAAUCACCUGUCUGCACAUCACAGAUCCAUGGGCAUGGCUUCUAUCUUGGACGGAGGGGACUACCACCAUCACCACCACAGACCUCCAGACCAUGCAUUGACUGGAGCACUGCAUCCCACCAUGACAAUGGCUUGUGAGACCCCACCUGGGAUGAGCAUGAGCAGCACCUACACCACUCUAACACCCCUGCAGCCCUUGCCACCCAUCUCCACCGUGUCUGACAAAUUCCCUCAUCACCAUCACCACCACCAUCACCCACACCAGCGGAUACCCAGCAACGUGAGCGGCAGCUUUACCUUGAUGAGGGAUGACAGGGGACUUGCAUCAAUGAACAAUCUAUACACCCCCUACCAUAAGGAUGUAACUGGCAUGGGACAAAGCCUAUCUCCCCUCUCCGGGUCUGGUUUAGGAAGCAUCCACAAUGCCCAGCAAGGUUUGCCCCACUAUGCUCACCCCAGUGCCACCAUGCCUACUGAAAAAAUGCUUACUCCAAAUGGGUUUGAAGCCCAUCACCCCGCCAUGCUGUCAAGGCAUGGGGAGCAGCACCUCACCCCUCCAUCUGCUGGCAUGGUACCCAUUAAUGGCAUUUCCCAUCAUCCUCAUGCUCACUUAAAUGCCCAGAGUCAUGGGCAGAUUCUGGGCUCCACCAGGGAGCAAAAUCCUUCUUCUAUGACUGGAUCACAAGUCAACAAUGGAAGUAAUUCAGGGCAAAUGGAAGAAAUCAAUACCAAAGAAGUAGCUCAGAGAAUCACCACCGAGCUCAAGAGGUACAGUAUCCCCCAGGCUAUAUUUGCACAGAGGGUACUGUGCAGGUCACAAGGGACCCUUUCAGAUCUUUUGAGGAACCCCAAACCUUGGAGCAAACUCAAAUCUGGCCGGGAGACCUUUCGUAGGAUGUGGAAGUGGCUUCAGGAACCAGAAUUCCAAAGGAUGUCAGCACUCAGGCUUGCAGCUUGCAAACGAAAAGAACAAGAACAUGGCAAAGACAGAGGGAAUACACCUAAAAAGCCAAGGUUGGUCUUCACAGAUGUCCAACGCAGGACUCUCCAUGCAAUAUUUAAAGAAAAUAAGCGUCCAUCCAAAGAAUUACAAAUAACCAUUUCCCAGCAGCUAGGCUUGGAGCUCAGCACAGUUAGUAAUUUCUUCAUGAAUGCACGCCGAAGGAGUUUGGAUAAAUGGCAGGAUGACGGCAGCUCCAACUCUGGGAAUACAUCAUCUUCAUCAAGCACUUGUACCAAAGCAUGAAGGAAACACAAACAUCCCAGAAACUAAAACCUCGGUGGAAAAGCUUUAAUACAAGGACCAGGACCUCAACCUAGCAGGUUUAUACUUAAAAACUAAUUGAAACCAAAAUAAUUUAUAAAUCCAAAGAAACCAAAGACUCAUGUCUCCUGUACAGUGACUUUUGUUAAUAAGACAUUUUUCAGGAGAAACGACUUGCAAAAAAAAAAAAAAAAAAGUAAAGAAAGAAACAAA